AUGGCGACGGAUGAGAUUCCCCAGACCGCCGUCCCCGGCAAGACAUUGGGUCCGACCUCCCGCUACGCCGCCGGCCCCGGAACGCACAUCUACAACGGCAACGUCGUGGCCUCGCUGAUGGGCGAGGUGAAGGUGACCCCUUCCGCCAAGGCUUCAGCUGGACCCUCGAAACGCCUCACUCGCAUCACGGCCCUUCCCGCAGAUGAGCUGCCCACGCUCUCUGUGGUCCCUCGCCAGGCGCAGGCCAACGGCGACAAGAAGCGCGAGGUGCUUCCCGACGUCGGCCACGUGGUCCUCUGUCGUGUGGUGCGCUUGAUGCCGAAGCAGGCCAUUGUGACGAUCCAGCAGGUCGGUGACACGGUCUUGCAGACAGAGUGGCAGGGUGUCAUCCGCUCUCAAGAUGUGCGGGCGACCGAGAAGGACAAGGUCAAGAUCUAUGAGAGCUUCAAGCCUGGCGAUAUCGUGCGGGCGCAGGUGAUUUCUCUUGGAGACCAGGCGAAUUACUAUCUCUCCACGGCAAGCAAUGAGCUGGGCGUCAUCAUGGCCACCAGCGAGGCUGGCAACGAUAUGGUGCCGGUCAGCUGGAAAGAGUACAAGGACCCGGAGACGGGCAUUGGAGAGCCGCGCAAGCUUGUACGACUCGCAGCUUUCGUUGGCUCAAGCUCGGCGUCUUCCCACCUAUACCUGCCACGCCUCCUCCUCUUCCUCGUCGCCAGUUUCCAGUUUCUUACCUCUGGGGCCAACUCUUCGCAGAGAGUCUUCGCAGAGAGAGAAAGAGAGAGCCCGCCACGAACGUCCACCCGCAUACCAGCCAUGAGCGCAACCAUGACAAUGACCGCGCCUCUGCCGCCGCCGACACUAUCCCUCUCAACGGACCGCUCCGAGCAGCAUUCCUGCCCGUCCUGCGGCGUCGUCAUCGAGCCACCACCCGCCCUCCUCGAAGCCCAAGCCCGCAUCGCAGACCUCGAAGCCCAGGUGCGCCUGCUCAACCAAAAAGCCGCCGCCGCCGUCGACCGCUGGGCCGACUACGAAGACGAGCUCACCCGCCUGCGCAUUGCCGCCUCUCACAACCCUCCCCCGGCCCCGCCGAGCCCGUCGCCCACCCGCACCUCGUUCCUGUCAGGCGGCGCAAACAGGCUGUCGCAGCUGUUGAGCCCGCGGGGUAUGAAGAGCACGCCGAACCUGCGGGCGCCGACGCCGCCCCCGCCGGGCGAGCGGGACCCCGCGACGACGGAGGAUCUGCUGGAGGCGCUGACGAGGGAGCAGAAGCUGAGGGUGCAGGCCGAGGCGAGGUUGAGCACGACGAGUCAGGAGGUGGAGGAGCUGAGCGUCAGCCUGUUCGAGCAGGCGAACGAGAUGGUCGCGACGGAGAGGAGGGCGAGGGCCAAGCUCGAGGAGCGGGUUGGGGUGCUCGAGAAGAGGGACCAAGAUAAAAAGAGGCGGUUGGAGAGGUUGGAGGGUGCGGUUGGGCGCAUCGAGAGAGUGAGGUCGUUGCUGGGAGAGAUGAAGGAUACCGCGGAGGCCGAGCGGCCCGCGGGCAGCCGGCUUUCUGGGGAAACAACGGGGUCGCAGUCGACGCGGUCAUCACAGUUAUGA